AUGCACCCAGAUCCCAUAAGUAGAGUAGUCCGUACCUGUUCGAGGGAGUCAGCAUGGGAUAUUCUAGAGGCUAUUCCCCCACAUCCUGGUGUCAUAGAUAUACUACGUCGGGGCGGUAUCUACAGGUGCAUCGAGGUUGGUCGGCUUGUACACGAUAGGGCUCUAGUGACGGUCAUGAUUGAGCGCUGGCGACCGGAGACCCAUACAUUUUAUCUCUGCACUGGCGAGGCUACCAUCACCCUGCAGGAUGUCGAGGUGAUUUAUGGUCUACAGAUUGAUGGACAUGCAUUGUAUAGAGUGGAGCCUCCGCAGAUGCUGCCGUAUCGCCAAGAGUUGACUAGGCUCACUGGUUUCGUGCCUCAGGAGAGAGAUAUACGUGGACAGAGUUAG